AUGUUGUUCGGCGCUACACUGUUGCUGUUCCUCCCGGGGAUUCUUGGUGUUGAUCUUUUUUGUGUUCACCGUCACCAAUGUGGUAACGAGCAUUUCAUGAAGGCAGUAAUGUGGAAGUUCUUCUGGAAACAACAUAGUACCCUGUACUGGGACAAGAAUAUGGCGUUCGAGGCUCAGAAAGCAAUGACAACAUAA